AUGGAUGAAUCAGCAUCAGCCCUCGAACAAUUCCGACAACGAUGGAAAGAAGAAGUUAGUGCCCGCUCAAGAAAGUCGGACAAGAAAUCUUCAGAACCCAAGUCUCCCGAGAAAACAAGAAGACCGAGUGAUGCACGACCAGAGAGACCCAUCCACAGACCACCCAUCCCCCACCCAGCAGCUAAUAUCAAAGAUGACUCCGACCAUUACAGCGAUGCCGAUCACGCAGGCGGUAGCAGCUCAAGCGUGGUUCAACGCAUCGAAGGGCUCGGCAUUCGACACGAUGGUGAUGAUGAUGAUAAUGACUUUACUCCCAAAAGCUCCUCGAGUGAACCGAGGAGCGCAUUGGAACAUUUUGAACGCGCCAUAGAAAAGGAGAGUCAGGGAAAUCUAGGCGACAGCCUCUCCCAUUAUCGGAAAGCAUACAAACUCGAUGCCAAAGUUGAUCAGUCCUACAAAAACAAGCACUUUCCGACAAAGCCCACACCCACCAAUCCAGACCCGUCCAAUGCUGCUGUAACCGUUCCUUCAACCGCUCACCACUCACUCCAAGAACCGACAGAAAAUUUAACCGUUGCUCAAUUAAUCGAAAGUUUCGCCGACUGUCAAAUCAUGGGCGCCCCUCCGAUCAUCCAAGGCGACUGUCCCCCACCGUGUGGUAUCAAGGCUCUUCCAACAGAGGUGCUCUUGGGAUUGCUUCAGCACGUGGCAAUCCGAGAUCCAGCCCUAUUCGUGAGACUGUCUCUGGUCUGCAAAAAGCUUGCAUAUCAUGUUUGGACGGAAAACGCCAUUUGGAAACGUGUGGCUUUGGGCCCUGAAUUUGGACUCGCGGGUCAACAAUACAAUUUUGCAACGGACCUGCAAGGUCGGGAAGCUAUCUUCCGUUCAGUGGAAUCCGAAGACGACGAGAUUCCGACCUUUUCAAUAGCGAUGGAACUUUCAUUUCCCAAAGAAACAGUCUGGCGCGAGGUUUUUCACAAUUAUCCUCGCAUCCGUUUCACGGGCGUUUAUAUUUCGACCGUCAACUAUACCAGACCAGGGGGUGCUUCGGCCACGGCAAAUACCUGGAGCAACCCCAUACAUAUCGUCACGUAUUACAGAUAUCUGCGAUUCUUCCGCAAUGGGACGUGCAUUUCACUUCUCACCACUCAUGAACCGAUUGAAGUAGUCCAUCAUCUGACACCGGAGAACCUCAACUUUGUCCGCACCGGCAAAAAAGAAGCAGCAGGACAUCUGUUGAACUUCACAUCUCCGGCACCGGCAUCGCUGAAAGAAUCUGUCCCUGCCUCGUCGACCUCUGGGGCUCCAACGACAACAAAUGUUGCCCCUCCACCAUCGGCGCAACAAGUCAUGAAACACGCUCUCCGUGGCCGCUGGCGUUUGUGCCAUCCUAGUGUCGGGUCUCGGGAUACCAAUGCCACAGCAUCAGCUACCACUCAACCUUCACAAUCAUCCAACAACCCGAACCCGACAACACCCAUCUCCCCGGGUGAUUUACAUAUAGAAACCGAAGGCGCCGGCCCUCGAUACAUGUACACGAUGUAUCUGUCGCUGAAAUCUGCCGGCUCCGCUCGCUCCCGACACACGACCAAGAACAACAAGUUGCAGUGGAAAGGGUUCUGGAGCUACAAUUUGCUCACGAACGAUUGGGCCGAGUUCCAUUUGAGAAACGACAAACCGUUUUUCUUCUCCAGAGUCAAAGGGUAUGGGCUGGGGUAUUGA